UAGCAAUAGGUUGCCAGCUAACUUUAGCUAAAUCGCCUACCAUACGAGUAUACAGCUAGGAAACCUGUAUAAUCGUUAUUGUAGGGAGGUGCUAGCUAAUAACAUGAGUGUUAAAGUGCAUGUAGCUAGUUUACCUUAUCCAGUCGACUAGUUCGCUUCUAAACAAAAACUUGCCAUAAAGAUUUAUUCAGGCAGCUGUCAGUUUCCAUGGUUGCCGUGGUAUGACCAACUCCCAUAAUUCAUCACUGAAAGCAGGAAGUAACGUUAGCUAAAUUACAAACGGUUUUGAAGAUGUUUGGAGUAGCUAACUAUUAGCAAAUAAAGACAUUCAACUACCAAAUAUAUUUAGCUAAACCUAAAUGUCGUUUAAAAGAGAUGGCAAUGAUCAGAGUCAAUUGAAUAUCCUCAAGAAACGGCGUGUUGCAGAUCUCCUGUCCAAUUUCAUUCCAGAGGAUGAGGCAGCCUUGAUGAAAAAUGGAAGAUACACCUGCCUUGUGUGUUCAUACCGCCCUGUUUUUGAUACAGUUGACAUACUGACAGUACACAGAAAGGGGAAAAGACAUCUCGAAGGGAUGAAGUGGUUUUAUGGAAAGAAAACUCAACUGAAAAAUGAGAUAUCUAAACGAAAACAUGAAAACUAUGUUCAAGCUGAAGAUAGCCAACAGGAACCCUCUAGUUCUGCCCCCCUGUUGACACAGACACGUAAACUCACCCACCACGCCUUACUGAAGACUGUGCCAUACAACAGUUGUCACACAAAGACCAGGUACUCUAUGCUGAAAGUGAUAUGUUAUUACUGUGACAUCAGCCCCUCCAGCACAAGACUAUCAUCACCACAUCAAAUGUCAGUGGAGACAAUGAUAAGACAUCAUGUCAUUACCCAGUUCCAACAGGAGUCAGAACCUUUGACAGCUCAAAGGAGGAGCGAGAUGGAGCAUUACCUUAAAUUGAAAAGUGCGGGAUGGCUGCUGGACAGGAGUGGCCAGUGGGUAAAGGAUGAGAAUGUGGAGUUUGAUUCAGAUGAAGAGGAACCCUCAUUGCUCCCAUCCUCUCCCCCCACUGACUCAACAGAGGGCUGACCAGAUGAGCAGCAGUGACCAGACCAACACCACCACCUUCCCACAAUCCRUAGCCCUUUCCUCAAACCCUGCCGCUGACACAAAGGUCCCGUUUGGACAUACAUCUGUUGACUCAACAGUUAUGAAGUGCACUCUGUUGCGGUAAUGACAACACUAUAAGAGCAGUACUAGAUCAUCUUGAACUGCCUCCAUGCCUCAGGGAAGAUGCAUUGGUGCUUGAGACAAUGCUCUGACUGAUUCUCAGCACCCUUUGUCUUAUUCCGUUUGCCCAUUUUAUUUAGGUCCAACACCUCCCCUGUUAAGGCUAAGCUUCUGUGAGUUUACCAUAAAUCAACAGCAGAUAGGACAAUAUUACUGCUAAUCUUGGUAGUGGAGCCAUCGGUUAACAUUCUUCUGAAGGUUCUCAUUUGUGACUCACCCCUAGACCACUUUAUAUAUUGGAUAACCUAGAGAAAGGGAGCGUAUGGACUUACCGUGGGUUAGUUUUAAAUGAUGACGUUGAAGUGUGGCAAAAACUGAGUACCUGAUCAUUAUUUUUGAGCUCAGUGCGUGACUUCCACAAGACGUUUGGAAUGUUUGUUGACAGUUUUUAGCUCUUGUGUCGACGCAGUCUUGUGUCUUCAAGACUGAUGAUGUUAUGGAGUUAAAUUGUCAAUGCAAUAAGUCAUGUUGAUUCUAUCAUGUUACUUGUACUUUUAGAUGACUAAACAAAAGUUGUCCUCCACUGCUAACUAGCCACAAUGUUCAAUGUCUGUUUGAAUAACCCAGAUACAAGGGAGUAAAAUAAAGCACCACUUAACUUAGAACUGUAUACCAGGUCAGUCACUAAAUACUUUGCUUGGUACCCUACAUAACUAUAAAUACACAUUCAUUUUACUGUGGCUGAAUGAUCAAAGGGGAAUAAAUAACCCCAGGAAUAGCAUCUGGUAUGGCAAUACUGACCGUAAAUCAUUACAAGCCUGAUCCCUGUGCCAAAUGUCACUCUUUAUGGAUGUAGCCGUACCACUGCAAUCAAGGUUUCUAAACCCGUCUCCCAUUUAUUCAAAACCUUCUAGGUGACAUUUCUUAACAAUAAAUUAUAAAUGUUGCUUAAAUUGAGCAUGAUAAUCAAAACAUUGCUUUUAAUACAGGUAUAAAAUGAAUGUGUACAUGGAGAAUGGAGCCACUCCAAUGCUAUGAAAAUCCUCAGAGGUUAGCAGCUGUUUGGUGAAGGUUCAUGAAUCUCCUUGGGUGCAUAUGGGUGCCCCCUCCCCUUCAGACCCUUUUAAAAGUUGUUAUAUUCUGGGAAGGGUAACUCAAGCCCAGAGGACUAGGUUACAUUCCCAAUGGGGGGAGUAAAAAUAGGUCAGGAGGUUUGGGGAUCCGGCAGGCUCAAUGAGGUAUUGAAUUGUUCCGAUUCUCAAGAUCUCGGAGCACACGGUAUACUCUUGUAUCUGCUUGUACCUUGUGUCAGCUCUGAAGUUUGAACCAUGGAAAUGAUGAAUGUUGAAUAUUAUGUAUGUUCACAUGAGGUGAUGAAAUGGCAAAAAUAUCACAUUCAGCCCAUUAAAACAAUUCAUUAUUUAAACGUUU